CAAAAACAGACUCCCGGAACCUGUUUUUCAUUCAAAGUCUGACAGUGAGACCAGAAGGCUGUUUGGCUGAGAGUCAGUGAUGGGGAAGAUCUACCAGGUGGUGGUGCUGGGGUUAAAGGGCGAGAAGAUGACCAUUGACCUUUGUAACACUGAGGAACAGAUGAAGAACAUGACAGUUCUGCAGCUGAAGGAGAAAAUAACACAAAGACUUCCAGGGAACGCAGGAGAGGAGACACUGCGGUUAAUCUUUUCAGAUCGGAUGCUGGAAGGAGACACCACCACGCUGUCCUCAUACGGCAUCCAGCACAUGUCACUCAUCCUGGUGGCGGUGAAGGUUCCUGGAGGUCUGACACCUUGACAGAAGGCUCCGCCUCCUGCUGCUGCCACGUCAUCACACCUCAUAAAGGCUGUUGGCAGCUGACUGACUUACAGCAGCUCUGCUGAACAAAACGUUUUAUUACAUUAAAUCUGUAAUCUCUUGUAUGUAAAAAUGUGAUAAGUCUGUCUGUUGUUAAAUCUGUCUGUUGUUAUUUUUACACAUAUUAACAUGUUAGAUAUGAAUUGAGGUUUUUUUUUUUCUUUGCUGAAUGAAAAGUCCAAAUCUGACUACAGGUGAAUUUGAUGAAAAAUUUCUGAACACAUUUAUGGUGGAGGUAAAAUAAGUAUAUAUUUGUGUAUUGUGAGGUUUUGGUGGGGGAGUUCGUGCCCUCCAAGCUGUUAACAUGACUGGAAACUGUUCAUCAAAACAGAUAUUUUUCUUUGUUGUCUGUUUGCAUGCUGAGGAAAAGCAAAUGACCCAAACUUUCGUGCAUUAAAGAGUUUUCACGGUUGGUA